GUUUUGCUAAAUUACAUGUAAUUUUAGUAAACAUUGUAUUACUUUUAAAACAGCAUGCACUGGGUUUGAUACUAGCAGCCUAACAGAGAGACUUUAUAACUUUGCUGGAGGCAAACAGGAGAGGUUUGAGUGGCUGCGUGUGAGACAUAAAAAUAGCAUUUACUUGUCACGCUGCAGGGAGGGUCUCAUGCCGAAUAUCAAAACAACUCGGUGAAUCAACCCUGUGAACAGCCGGCGGGUACAAAGUGGACAUCAGCCAGAGAGAGUGAAAUAACAACAGAAACAGAGAGAAGGGACUUGUUAGACAUAAUCAUACACAUAUCGCACAACAAGCAUGUCGAGAGGCAGCUUUGUCUUCACGUCCAUGGCCUUGCGUUCUCUUGAACUUGACAAGGACACGCUAGAGAGAUACAAGUACAGCAGGCAACUUGCCUCUCAUAAUCUGAGUAGCUAUAUGCUGAAGAAGGAGGCCAACAACAGAGCACUGCUGAAGUCCCUGCCACCAGCUGUCUGCCACGAUGUGGUCAUCCACAAUGCUUUGUAUACAGGAGACCUGGAGGCUAUACAGCACUUUUUUCCUAGAGGAUCCACAGCAAACCUCAUCAUUGAGCCACAGGGAGGGGAAAUGCGCUGGGCUGCCAGAGGGGAAGGACUGUGGUCACUGACUUAUGAGCAGGAGCUGACGACACCGCUUCACAUCACAGCUGGCCGAGGCUUCGCGGACUGCCUGAGGCUCCUGCUGCAGCGCGGCGCAGAUGUUGACCUAGCACCUGGCGGCACCACUGCGCUGCACGAGGCUUGUGAAAACUGCCAACCAGAGUGUGCCAAACUCUUGCUGAUGCACGGUGCCAAUGCCAAUGCUGUCUCAGAGGACGGCCUUCUGCCUUUGCAUGUUUGUACAAGCCCUGAAUCCCUUGAAUGUGCCAAGUAUCUCCUUCAGUAUGGAGCUGCAAUCAACGGCUGCACUGUAGAUGAAUAUGACACUCCUCUCCAUGUGGCUGCCAGGAAUGGCCUCCCAGACCACACUGAGCUGUACCUGCGUCAUGGAGCUGCUGUGGACAAACAGAACUAUGAGGGUCUCACCUCCAUCAAUUCUGCUUGCUCACAGCCCCAGGAGGCACAGGAUCUCCGUAAUUAUUUCAAGGUGUGUCAGAUACUGAUAAACGCAGGGGCCAACAUCCACACUGAGGAACAGGACAAACGCACUCCUUUGCACAUGGCCUGUAAGAAUGCGAACCCAGACAUAGUGGAUCUGCUGCUGGAAAAUGGGGCCUGUGUUAACAACAUGGACUAUGGAGGUGAAGCUCCAAUGCACAACAUCCUGAAGGUGGUGGCCUACAAGAUUUGCCAUAGUCCUGAGAGGAUUGUCCGCUCUCUGCUCAACCACGGCUCCAUUCGGGUGUGGCCCGGUGCUCUUCCGAAGGUUUUGAUGCACUGCUCCAAAUCGCCACGCACUGUUGAGGUUCUCCUGAAUGCCUACAGUCACCUCAAAGUCACGGACACCUGGGUUGAGUCCGUGUCAGAGGAGAUGUUUAAGGAACACAAAGAAUUUUAUGAGUCAGUCUUCUCCCUGGAAAUGACUCCUCGCUCGUUGCAACACUUGGCUCGCUGCAGUCUCAGGAGAUUCCUGGAAGGCCGGGUACACAAAGUGGUCCCAAAGCUCGAUCUGCCCAAGUUCAUCAAGAACUAUCUUCUCCUGGAUUUCAGAGGAUACAUUCACUAAAAGUCCAAUCUGAGUGUGAAUAUUUGUACCAAAUAUCGAUGGUGAGAAAAGUCCAACAAUGUGAAUCAAUACACAGAUUUUUCUUUAGGUUGCGUGCUGCCAUAUAUAAGAUUUUCAGGAGGCAGACGCAGAGUCGUUUCCUGUCAUGUUUUGAUCCAUGUCUCAGCGCAGAAACACGUUUGAUGUUGCACCACAAGAGGGCGCUACAGACUAGAAUUAUUAAAUUAUGCAGUGGGGCUGCAGCUAUAUUGGUUUAUAUUUUCUUUACUUUUUUGAUCACUUUUUCUUUUCUUUUUCUCUUACUUUUACACUUUAAUUUAAAAAGGACGACUUGCUUUAAAUUGUAUACAUAGUUAUUAUCAUAGGUCAGCGCUAGGGAGCAUAGUAAUUAUGUUUUGCACAUCGAGUAUUGCUAUCAAAAUAUUUGCAUUAAUCGUUUGAGAUGCCUGUAAUUAUAUGAAUAUAUGAUUAAAACAGGCUUUAAAUGAAAAUAAAGUUUUCCACUACUGCUGCAUGAUCUGGUCAUUGUUCUUUUCAU